GCAUGCUAUACCAGAAAAACUUCAAGACUGCAGGCAACAAUUGCACCUCAGGGUGAGCCGACAGCUUUGUUUAUGUCGUAAGUCUUCAUCUGCUAUCGUUCAUUUCAUUUGUAAACUGUAACACCUUUUUUUGACUCCGUAGUUUGUAGCAUAUUCAUGACUAUUAAAAAAAAUCUUAUCACAAAUUAACAAAAUAUAUAUAUAUAUAGCAGUCUGAUUGUCUAACAUUUGUGCUAUGUUAGCCUUGAGUAGUUAAAAAAAAAAAAAAACUUUUAGUAAUAGUGAGCCAUUCCUUUAUGUAUACUUUUUCUGGAAUCAGUGUUUUUUUUCUUUCUGAUACUAAUGCUGCACACUCAGAUGUAGUCUUUAGCUCAGCUGUUUUAGCCUGAGUCCUGAAGCUUUAUGGCACCAGAGGUCAGCGAAAUCCGUAACUGCACUGUCCUUUCUAAUAUUUGCCAAAAAGUUAUGUUUUAUGCUGUGUACACAUUGCUGCAAUCAGGGUGACUUCCAGUUAUAGAAAACCUUUGUUUUUCUAUCAGAAUUUUAGAUGGUGUCACAUCUUUCAGUUUAUAUAAGGGGAUCAAUCAUAUUUUACAUAUUUUAGUUUAGGAAACAUAUAAAGUUGAUUUGAAUGAUCUGAGCUCAAAAAACAACUGUUUUGUGUAUAUAUCAGCCUCUGUGAAAACCCUCGUUUUAGCACUACUCCGCCUCUCCCUGAAACAUAACAUUGUGGCUGUUUUUUCCAGUGAUGUAAAGACAGACAGAACUUAUGGGGUAGUUGAGGUGCUCAGCUCAAACUGGCCUUUGUUUACAAAUGAGGCAAGCAAAAGGAGAAGCAGAAGAUAGUGAGCUUUUAGACAAGAAACAAUUUGACAGAGCUUCCAGAUGGGUAUGUCCUUCGAAAUUGUUCUAACAGGACAGCUAAGCCUGAUGUCAGGUUCCUGCAGAGUUACUGUGGUGAGCUGUUCAGAGAAUCUGGGAAACAUGUCUGCACAUUCGCCAGCAUUUGUAUGUUUCUUUUUUUUAAAUUCUGCAUAAGUUUAGCAUGGAUAUCAGACUUUUUAACAUCAUCUGUAUGCAUUUAUGUGAGGAUCAGCAUGACUGGUCAACCUUGAGGCUAUGCUUAACAGGAAACUGUCAGAGUGGGACACCAUGCUUACAGCCUUUUCCGGUGCAAAAACUACACCUGUUCAACCAAGGUUUUUCUCAUUUAAUGAUGGUAAAUUAUUUUUAACUUUCAGCAUUGCACUUAAUCAUGCAGGAAAAUACAACAAUUGUUUGGAUUAAAAUUAUUGAAACACACCAUAACCACUUUGUGCUGAAAAUAUACAGUGAGUGGUUGUUGUAUUUGAUUUCAGGACUUGAUGGAUUCAUGUAGCUAACUGCAGUCUUUAGGUACCUAGUGUGCACUUGAAUGCCUCAUGCACUUUGUUGUGCUGGUGUGACUUGGGAUCGGGGCUUAUCUCAGGGUACUUUGAAGUGAUAUGAUGUCACAUUGUGGUAAAUUUUAACUUCCAAAGCAUUCUGCAAAUGCUGAUUCAGCCUUAAAAUUCUCAACCUCUAAUUACCAGAGGAGUGAUCAAUGGAUUUGAGUUAAAAAUGCACCAACCAAUCAGACCACCUUUCAAAAGACAUGGUGGUUGGCUUUAAGGUAAGAGAGCACGCUCAAACUGUUUGAACACAUAAAUUUACAGUUCAUAAGUCUGAAGAAAUCAGAAGGAGGAGGUGGACGUGUACUUUAAUGGAGCUUUGCUCUGCUCUAAGCAUCAACUAGUGUUAUGAUAAGUUUGUCAAAUAUGCUUCCAUAUCAGUAGGACUUGAUUCCAUUAAAAGAAACUUGAUUUAAGUGAAGAUACAAUUAGGAGAGUGAUUGUGUGCUCAUGUCAGAUGAUCAUCAAAGAUCCUUGUUAUUACCUUUUUAUUUUCCUAAAACUGUUGUUUUCCCCCCUCAUCUUGUAUCUACGUGGCAAGUCGCUCUACUCAGUCCAACAAGUGAGUUUUGUUUGACUUUUGAUUGGAUAACAAACUGCUUGUCCUCCAAAAGGUCAACAAUUUCAUUUCGUCAUACUUUGUCAGAGCAUUCAUGGACUGGAUUUUUGCCACAAUUUUCAUCUUCACUUUACUGACAUUUUACGUCAUUGCCCCAGUUUAAUCAUGAAAAAUUGGUGUAUCAAUGAAAAUUUACUGUCAUUGUCUUUGUUGACAAAAUGAACCCUGCAGGGAAACUAUUUUUUACUGUUUUGUUUUGUUUUGUUUUUUUUAAGCAAAAAGGGUAAAUGGGGCCAUCUGCUGGAAAAUAGUUAACAUCACAAAUUUGAAGCCUGGCCUGUUCACUGAAAAUACUUACUAAACAACAUGGCUUAUUAAUAGAAAAAUAACCCUUAAAAGAGAAAAAACGUGUGUGUCCCUAAAGGGGGUUUGGGAAUAUGGUAUGUAAUCCAUGUACCUUUUACAUGUGAUUUAUCCAGUCUCUCUAACUAGCUGUCUUUAUGAUUAAAAAAACAUAUAUAUUUAAUUUGCAGCAUUACAUAGUCUCCUAAUUUUGUGGUAUAUUUUUAACCCUAAUAAUACCCCCCCCCCCUUUGUCUCUUAGUUCAUUCCUCUACUGUUCCCCUCUCUUACAGACUAAUCAUCAUCACACUCUGAUAAUAAGUAUGAGCAGUGAGGGGCAGUGUGGCGAUUGUAGCUGUUUUACAUUGUGUGGAAAGGGAGGAGUGCUGUGGGCCACUAUGUCCCUGGUAGACAGAAAAACACUUGUUGGCUCAGUGUGGAGGACACUUCUUAACAUACCAUGGGAUUAAAUAUACAAAAUGAGCACCUGCAGCCUGCAAGACUAGAGCAGCCUUUGAAGGUGAGUUUAGACGGUUUGAAUGACGGUAUGAGAGGUAAUGGAAGGUAUUUGGUCCAACAAUGCACUUUAACAGCUUUUUUAAUAUUAAAUUACAAUGCCUAAAUGUUAAAGAUAGAAGAAUCUCAUUUUCCCAUUCAAUGAUUCUAUCCUAAAAGCUGGAAUGAAAUCCAAAAAUAUGCAAUGUGUUUUAAAUAAUACUCUACAAGUUUGUCUUCAUGUGGAUACCUGAAAAACUCCUUUUUGUUCAUGUUUAAUAGACUAUGUUGGUCUUGUCCAAAAUUUAAGAAGGGACUAUAAAAUAUCAAACUUGACAUGCAUGUUGCCAUCCUUACACAAGCUUUUUUUUUUUAACCCCUUUUACCUGAAAUACUCUUAAUGUUGGAUGGUGACUAUGAUAUCUGACAUGUGAAAAAUAUACUAAUUGUGACAAAAAUGCAGAGUUCCAUUUGCAGGUUGAUUAAGCUGAAAGUUUUAGCACCUUUCAGCUUAUUCUGUUGAAGCUGCCAGCUCAGCUACUUAUUGUUGGUUGUAGCAAGUGACUGAUGGCAUCAAAAUCUGCUGCUCAUACUGCCUAAUACAAAAACUGCAGGUACAAAGAAGUCAGCCAGAGCACUAGAGGAGAGUAUAUUGUUGGAUGAACAUUUAUCUUGUGGCAAGAAACAUGACUCCACAUGAGUGUUAGUAUUGCUCUUUCAACUGCACAGGGUGUGCACUGACAGACCAACAUGAUCUAAAAUUUCAGUAUAGGAGGAUAUGUUAUUCAGAGUGCACCAAUAAGAUUUCACAAAAGUUGAUAAAAUUUAUGAACAUAUUGUCCUUAAUCUAGUUUAAAUGUGUCCAAAAGGCUUAAAAGUAAUCAUUGAAGCACUAAGUUCAAAUUCAGUUGACCCACUAGCAUGCUGCUGUAAACUUAAAUCCAGCUGCUAAUUUAAUUAAAAGUAUAAAAAGCAGUCUGUGUCAUUCCAUUUGCAGCAACUCACUGUAAGGAGCCACGCAGUCUGGUCUGGACCAUUAACAGCAGCUGUCUCUUGCCCUCAUCCAUUAGCACUCAUUCUAACACUCAUAACAAAAUAUGUCUUAGACAAGCUAAAACUAAUCCUACCCACUGCAUGCCAUGCUGUCUCUCCUAUGUCUUUUUCUGGGCUAUUUUGUUUUCUGGCUAAAGCAUGUUGUAUCCAAACAAGUACAACAAUGCUUUUAUUUUCUUUCUUCUUUUUCUUUUUUUUUUGUAUUGUCAAAAGCUGCUAUGCAUAAAAUCACUAUACAUAUACAAGUAGCAUCAGGAAUUAAUUAAAACGCAACCUCCUCCAAAAAUACUUGAACAAAAUGGCACGAUAGGAACAUGUAUUUAAAUUUCUCAAGUUUGAUUCAUAAUUUAGCCAUUAACAUGAAGGAGCACAGCUCUUUUAACCAACUCAGCCUGUCAGCAGGGAUAUGGCUGAAUGUUUUGGCUUCGCUGUCAGAUGAUGUCAUGUUAUUAAUCUCUGUACACAGUUGGAACAACAGUGAACCCCAAAGUAGUCCCAAAGGCAUCCAGUAGAGGUAUGAAUGAGGCUAGUUAAACUUGUUCACAGAUAUCAUACACUACUCUAUCAACAAGGGCAGCAGGAAAAGAGCUUCUCUUGUUUCUGUCUCCCUGUUAGUAGUGAGUAUGUUAACCCUAACCAAAACCAAGUAUACUAAACAUACUCAGUGUCUGCACAGUCUUACACACUGUAAAACCUGAUGAGUAAGUUCAACUCAAAUGAUUUGAGGAAACCGAUUGCCCUGAAUCAUUUCAGUCUAUUGACUCAUAUUUUUUAAGUAUGAAAAAACACUUUAUUUAUGUUCAAGUAACUUAAAUAUUUAAAGCUAUGGUCACUUGGUAACUAGUUCAUCUUUUUAAUUCAAUUAAGUUAAAAAAAAUGAAUUCUUUAUUAUUUCAUAGUCAUAUGAAUCAUUUUUCUACACUCGUAACUUAAAGUAAUCUAGUCCAUACAAAUUUAACCUUUGAGUGCUUAGUCUUCCACUGCAGCAAAUUACUAGAUUCUUAUUAAAAGAACUUAUGGCUACUCAAUUCAAAUGAGGAAACCAAUAGCCUUAAAUAAUUUGAUUAGUGCAUCAGAUUUCAUGUAGCGCUUUAUCAGAGACCCUCAAAGCACUUUACAUUCACUCACACUGUCACAUCUUGGUGGUGGUAAACUACCUUAAUGGUCACAGCUGCCCUGGGGCAGACUGACAGAAACACAGCUGCCAGUUUGUGCCUACGACCACCACCACACAACACUCACAUUCAUACACCAGUGGAGGACACACACUGGGAGCAAGGUGGGUUAAGUGUCUUGCCCAAGGACACAACGGACAGACGAGAAUCGAACUGCCAACCUUCCAGUUAUUGGGCGAUUGCUCUAUCUCCUGAGCUACUGCUGCCCACAAAGUUGUAAAAACUCAACAUGACACAAGUUUAGAACAAGUGAAUAAUUUAUUAAGUUUAACUCAACAGAAUUACAAAUGCAAACAUUUCAAGCCUAACAUUUUUGUAAAACAAACUCAAACAGAUGUUUCUUACCUCAUAUGUUAAUGCUGACAAUAUUUCCCUCUUUGUCAAACAACAAAAAUAAAACACUGUGUGACUCAACUGAAAUUUUCAUCUAAAAAUAGAUAAACUCCUGCACACUGUUUCUCUCAAAAUAGAGAAGAAAAUUUUCUUCAUUCUGUGGUAAAAAUGAAAAAAUGUAACCCAAACAGGAUUAAAGCAGAGGUGAAGUGCAGUAACAACUACUACAUCAAUUGUUGUAAAACACUUUAAGCUGAACAUCGCCGUUUUUAAUAUACAACAAACUGAUCAGAAACUACAAUGAGAUGCUGUUGUUCACAAAAUGUCCAGUUUUGUGCAUGCAAGCUCAACAACUGACAAUGUUAUUGUCAAUGCAAAAACUUGAACAUCCUACUCAAGUUUAUUUCUUAGAGCCUGUAACUUAGGUUUCAGCUGCCUCUUCAUUCACGGCUGCCACCAGAGCCACUGCUGCUUUUGUUGCCACCGACUUAUCCUAAAAAUAGAAGACAUGUUUAACAUGACCAGAAUUGAUGAUAAAAAAUAAACCCCAUGCAAGUAAGCAUUAUCAAAAAAUUAAGUCAAAGUUAUGGUCAAAAGUGUAAUCUUUGAGAUGGUAAGUCAAAAUCAUGAGAUAAAGUUAUUAAUCAGUAUCUACAUUUAAACCUUUGACCUCAUAAAUAUGACACUUUUCCCAUAAUUAAGACUUAAUAGAUCAUAACUAUUACUUAUAUUUUUGACUUUCUUAUAUCUUAAAAUAGCAACUUACCUUGAAUAUAAAACCAAUCUGAGUCAAUUAGGGGCCAAAAUUAAUGUUGAACAGCAGUCCCACUUCUCUCUAUAGUUCAAUUUGAAAAUGGCCAUUGAAUUAGGGCAUGGCGUGUGUCAAAGGUGCAAUGGGGUUUCCUACCCACAUUAGCAGGGCUUAUACUUUCAGCAUAAGUUCAAUAAGUUCAUUAAAGCUACUCAACUUGAAAGAGUUCAUGUAACAAACUUCAAAUGUUUUACAAGUACUCAUAAUGCUCUACAAUUAAUAAAAACUCAAAACAACUUAGUUAAAACCUCAGCUUUUAACUUUCAAUUAAGGUCAACUUAAUAGGGAUGAGUGACUGCAACAUUUUUUGAGUUAUAAGUUAUUUAAACUUAUAUUGUUUAUUGAAAUACACUGUUAGGUUUUACAGUGCAGUCUGUUACUCUGAUGUCUUAAAGUUUUAAAGACUUAAAAAUCUCCACCCAAAGUUUUAGAAGUGCUCAUUAACACCUUGAGACUGCACAAUACAUCCAGGUGCUGGUAUGUUUACUUAUCCAUUACCACUCCAUCAGCAACUCACAGAGCUAAACACUUGACCCCAGUAGUGGUUAAAAAAAGAGUGAGUUUACCUUCUUACAUAGACCCGCCCAGGCUAAUACUAGUAUAUGGGCUCUAUUUUCGUACCUCACCGGCGGCGUGGCAAAAGCGCAGCGUAAGUCAGGUCCGCCACAUCGAUAAGGCUUGCCCAAGCACACUUUGGUAUUUUGGUGGGAGGCACAGCCCGGUGUAAGUAUCCCCCCUCCCGACUUAGCUCCUCCCAGGGGUGUAAGUAGCAGAGACAGAGGGGAUAAGGCUUGGAGUGGGUUUAACACAGCUGAGUCCUGUUUUCACCAAUCACAUCAGCUCCUCUCCUCACCCUUAAAUAUGCCACCGGCGAGGCGUAUUGCAAUUGUCAUAAUUGCAUAUAUUUAAACCCAACGUGAAAAAGGUGGGUUAUGCGCACAGAUCACAACAUAAACGAAUUCCAAUAAUGGCAUUAAAAUCAAAACCACUUGUGCCUAAAGGAUGCAUCGCGCUCCGUGGCCUGGCUCUUUCUUUCAUUGAUGUUGACAUAUAAAAUGAAAUUGGCUCACACAACUGAAUAUUAUAAUAUUCAUAUGUGAGCCUAACUCUGGAUUGAAUAUUCACAGAAUUUUAAGGAUUUGAAAACAUCAGAUAAACAGGUUAUUUUAAAUAAAAGUUUCUUUUAUUUUUUUAAGUAAAUGAUUAAUCUGAUCUCUAAAAUAAAUCAUCUGUUCAGCCAUGCCGCUGCAGCAGCAGGACGGAGAGAAGACUCAGAGACAUGUCUGGGUCGAGCUGCGUGAGGAAGAAAAGGAAGAGAAAAAAAGGGGGGAGACAAAUUAAAUAUCUUGUUAAUUUCAUCAUGUGUGACUGUUUACUGGAUGUUUAAUUUAAUUUAAUGCGGUUUAAGCUUUGUUGAUUCGGUCAGGUUGAGUGUCCAAACGCGUGUCAAACGAACUCAUCAGAUAAAAUAUGGAUCAGAAUAUAUCGGUAUAGAUCUAAAUGUAUAUGUGCUGACUCAGAUAGUUGCACUGAAUAUUGGUUGUUGUUGAUUAUUUAUUGCACUGAAAUGUGCCUGACAUUGUGGAAACCUGCCGGUGAGGCAUCAGUGAUGCAUGUGCACUAUGCCACGGGUCUACCAAAAUACCACUUGACCAGCUGCGCUCCACCCGCUCUGAAAGCUGACCAGGUUUGAAUCAGCGAGCUUUCAGCGCACUUUCCACACUGCUGACAAGCACAAAAAUGUCACUGCGCCAGCCGAUUCUGUCGACACCUCCCCCUACUGCACCAUCCUACCCAGCUCGACAGACCUCGGUGCACCUUAAGGUCCUUACACACCGGGGCUGACACAAAUAUGGAAUGCGAAAUCAUGAAAUAUUCGGAGGAGAAUUUUGACGCUCCUGACUAUACAAAUAAAGCCCAAUGUGAUUUUUCGGCUUUCUGGGGGGAAAAAGACACGUCCUGGGUGGAAGCGAGAAGACUGACGCAACAGCAGACUGACUGUUUUCAGUUCUGAUCAGACACUAGUGUUGAGAUGGCUUUCUAUCAUGAUAGCAUGUACUGAGUUGGGGCCAGUACCAGAUAAGCACAUUAAACAAUAAUCCAUAAACGUAAGGUAACAACGAGACCUAAUGGUGGUGUGACAGCAACACGAUUGAGUUUGAGACAGUGAAAAUACAUAUGGUAUGUUGUAUCUGAACAGGUUAGCUUACGAGCUAAAGUUACUCAGCACAGAUGAAAGUUAAAACAAAGAUGUUUAGCAAACUGUUAAAGCACACAUACUAUCGUCAUAUGAGAAAUGUAACGCUAUGACUCUCCACAAAUUGUCCUUCAGGUUGUUAUCUUUGUAAUAUUUGUGUCUUUGUGUCGGCCAUGGGAAAACGUUGCUGAUGUGAACGCUUGUAUUGACAAGAUACUGGUUUGAAAAAAAAUACUGUCGUUCGAAAUAAUCACACGAAAAAAACAGUCCUGGUGUGAAAGGACCUUAAGUCUACGAAAAUACCAAACUGGCUGUGUGCCUGGCUUCACCAGACGAGAAUACCACUGCGCAGGGUGCGCCACCCUCCAUCGCGCUGCUGGUGGGCACAAAAAUAGAGCCCAUUGUAGCAGUAUUUGAUAGUGACAGGAAUCAUUAGGAAGUCUUGGUAAUAGUGUCAGUAUUAAUGAAAAUUAACAGUCCCCAUCCCUGAUUGGCCCUGAAAAUACCUGAUUUUCAAAAACACUUUGAGAGUGCUGUACAAGUAACAUUCAUUCAUUCAUCAUCACAGUAUUACUUCACCCCAUUUCUACCUUCAGGUUUAAUUAAUUGUGCUUCAUACUGCAGAAUUAGUCCAUAAGCUCUACUGGAUCUCUUUGAUUCUAAACAGGGCUGAACAGCUGUGCCAGACUCUCUCCGUCUGCUCUGUCAUCAGUCAGGUGGCAAAAGACAACCGCUGACAACACGCAGUGAAGUACAUGCCAUCCAAAUAACCUUUCAGAAACUGCACCAUGACAUCACUGAGAUACAGUGUGUGUGUGUGUGUGUGUGUGUGUGUGCAUGCAUGCAUGUGUGUGUAUGUGUGGUUAGCAUGCCUGUGGGUUUGUGAGGCACAGAGAAUGGCUGCACCUGUGCUGUCACCGUGCUCCACUGCCCCGCCUUCCAGGAAAGCCGUCAGAUUUAUGUUGUCAAAGAGAGACAAGUGGCUUAGCCCAUGGACUGCUUGAGAUGAAGCCAGCAAGUGUAAGCCUGUGUUUAUGUGUGGGUGUGUGUUGGUGGGUGGGUGAAGGCAUUUGGAGGUUCAGUAUGUGGCCGCUGAUAUCUAAAGAUGCAGUAUGGGACAGGAUACGGGGUAGGAUGUUGACCUCAACAGAGGACAUUCCCCUACAAGACAUGCUGCCCAUGACCUUUAUAACAGCAAUAAAAGGGCUGGAGAAAUAGCUUUUUAUUAGUGCUCACACUAUAUCACAAGACACGUAUAGUCUUAGAUUCCCUUACCACCUUGUAGGCUUCUUAUAGAGCACAUAUAGACUUAAAUGCGCCUUAUCACAUUAGGUAAAACUGGCUCCUGUCAUGCUAAAUUUACAGAAGUUCAUACCACAUCACAUCAACUCAGAUGAUCCAUUUUCUCCCUCUUUCUGAUAUUCUUGCACUUCACAUUAACUUUUAUGCUCUGUAUCAUCCAUUUCGACAUUACCUCUUUAGAAACACAGUACAAAUUAAGAACACAACUCUCACAUGUACACAUACAGACAAAGCUAUUACUUCAGUUAUCUGUCAUCCUUUAAAAGGUCAAAGGCAGUGUGUUUCUGACUGCUGCAACUACAGGAGCCAGACUUUAGAUCAUGGCUGGCAAUGAGAACUGGAUUCUGGCACAUCCACUAUAUAAAGGUAGCAGCAGACUGACGAUGUUGACUGAAACUCCUCACUCCUCACAGUCCAAGUGCUGUACAUUGCACAGAUGAUUUUUUAUGCUGGUUACCACUAUGAGAUGUACUGAUACUGGACAAAAAUAUACAGCCAAGAACUGACAUCCAAACAAAUGAAAUGUGUCAAGGUCUGAAGACCAACAGCAAUAAUUUCACCUUUUCUUAAGUUGUCUUUCUUUCUAUGGGCUGAAUGGGUAACAAUUCUUCUAUGUCUGGUUUGGUCUCCAUAGUCCCAUAUCGAGGGGUACAAGCUAAGGAUUUACAGUUAUUCAUAUGAUCUGAAUUAAGUACAUUUUUGAUGGACUUUAACAUUUCUUUUUAGAUUUUAAAAUCAGCACAUUUAUGUUUACUGAAGUUGUUUCUAUGGAGAGUCCUGUAAUAUUUACAAAUCAUUAGUUACUGAGAAGAAAAAAGAAAGCCUAAAACAUAUAAGCUUCCCAUGCACUGCUUGAUAGCCAGCUGAGUGGGUAAUGUCUACACUGCAAAAAAACAAGAAAAAAACAAACAAACAAACAAAGAUUAUAUAUAUAUAUAUAUAUAUAUAUAUAUAUAUAUAUAUAUAUAUAUAUAUAUAUAUAUAUAUAUAUAUAUAUUUAGUCCAGUUUUAAAUACUGGCACCCACCAGGCUCCUAGAGAUUGACCUAAUUUCUUGCUCUUUAAUUCACAUCUAUAUUUUCAUUUAUUGUUAGAUCUCUGAGAGGGUUACAAAAUGGCUUAAUGUUAAGGCUCCUAUAUCAACACACGGCUUAGCUAAAAAAACAAAACCAAAAAACACAACAAAUAAAAAAAACAAUUUGUUUAAGCAGUAAUGUAAUGUGUAGGGCAUCAGACACUCAGGAAUCACUUGGUUGCUUUUUUUUUUGUUUGUUUGUUUGUUUGUUUGUUUUGUUUAUAAGCAGUUUUGUCAAAAGUAAAAAACAAAACAAAAAAAGUUACUCUUUUUCAUGCUUACAUCAUUCUCCUCUCUGUUUACCUCAGCCCAUUUGCACACAGCCCAGCCUACUGCCAUAUCGGCACUAAAAGAUGCAGAUGCUGAUCUCAGGUUCACUGCUGUUAUAGAGCCCUGACACCUCAGAUUGAAGAGCAAUGAAAACACAAGGCUUAUCUCGACUGUAGCCAGAGGAACUAAAAGGUUAUUUUUUGAUUGACUUUGGGCAAUGGAUCAUUCUUGACUAGUUUUCCUUUUUUCUCAAUCUGCAUUGGAUUACUUUCUGCUGAAAAUGAUCUUUUUUUAAAACUUGGCACAAAAUACUUCUUAAUGGAAAUUUCGAAAACAGUUUCUUUUUAAGUACUCCAGUUUUGUUGUGCUGUUUAACCUUUCUCAUAAAUGUAUUGCAUCUCAUACUCAAGGCCUAUGAAAUUGGAAAUAAAAUAGGAUAUCAAUGUAUUCUUUGCCAAGCUUGAGCAGCUAAAAGGGACACUGUUUAGUAUUCUUUCUGGCAGCAGUUGGAAAUAUUAUAAUAUUAUAUAAUAGAGAGAGUUUGGUUGGAGUAAAACAAACAAGCUCAUGGGUGGAGGCUCUGAAAAGUACAAGGUGCCAUGCUCGGGGACAACUGUUCUUACAGUCAGACAAUUGAUUCUCGUUCAACACCAUCAUCGGAUAUUAGGUGAGUGUCAUUUCCUCGCCAUAGCAAUUUUGAAACUAAAACGUCACGUUUCUCUUAGUUGUCAGUGUUUGUCUUUGGGCUUUAUAUGAUCCCGACACAUAGUUUGGCUGAGAUGAGCCAAAGAUGGUGAUUACUGCAUUUUGUGUUUUGAUUUGGUCCAAAUGACAGAAUUGACUGCUAAAGUUAUAAUAUAGCCUACAUUAUUCUAUCAAAUAACAUUAUUUCUAUCAUGAUUUAUUUAUAUGGUUUUGUUUUUUUCUUAUAUAUUUUUUUGUUUCAUUUUUGUUGUGUAGUUCCCCUGUGUUCCUGUUUCAUUGUUUCCCAUGUGUCAAUAAUCCUGUUCUUGGGCUCUAUUUUCAUGCUUCGCCGGAGACGCGGCGCAGGCACAGCGUAAGUCAGGUCCGCCGCGCCGACAAGGCGUUCCCAAGCACAAUUUGGUAUUUUGGUGAGCGGCGCAGCCCGGUGUAAGUAUCCCCCCUCCCUAACUCAGCUCCUCCCAGCAGCGCAAGUCAUAGCGAGGGAGGAGAGAGGGCGUGGAGUGGGUUUAACACAGCCGAGACCUGUAUUGACCAAUAACAUCAGCUCCUGUCCUCGCCUUUAAAUCCGCCACCGGUGAGGCGUAUUACUAUUUUCGUGAAGUAGUCAAAGAGAUCAAGAGAUAUCUGAAGACAGCAAUGCCACACGAUGGUGACAGAGGGCAGCUCCACAACAAGUGUCGCUGUAAACGCUGCAGAAGAUGUCCUUCAUACUGUCUCAUAUGAGCACAGAUGGAUUUGGUGUGUGUAAUGUUGGACCCACUGGUAAGACAAACACCCUUUUCCACAAAUAAAGACACUCACAUAAAGUUGAACAUAUUCAAACCUCACGUGACAAAGGUGGGUUGAGCGCAGAGAUCACAUCAUAAAUUCCAAUAAUGGCAUUAAAAUCGGAACCAACUGUGCAUAAUGACGCAUCGCGCUCCAUGGCCUUUCUUUCAUAGAUGUUGGCAUAUACAAUAAAUUUGGCUCACGAAACUGAAUAUUAUAAUAUUCCUAUGUAGGCUUAAAGUAAAUAACUCAUCUGAUCACUGAAACAAAUCAUCUGUUCAGCCGCAGCUGCAGCAGCUGCAGCAGGACGGGGGAGAGGACACGGGGACAUGUCCAGGUGAGAAAUAAGAGGAAGAAAGAAAAGGAGGGAGACGAAUUACAUAUCUUGUUCACUUCAUCAUGUGUGUCUAUUUACUAGAUAUUUAAUCUAAUUUAAUGCAGUUUCAGCUGUGUUGAUUCGGUCAGGUUGUGUAUCCAAACGCAUGCCAAACGCUCUCAUCAGAUCAGAUAUAGAUCAGAAUAUAUCGAUAUAGAUCUAAAUGUAUUUCCUGACUCAGAUUAUUAGUUGUUGAUAAUUAUUUAUUGCACUGAAAUGUGCCUGACACUGUGGAAACCUGCUGCUGAGGCAUCGGUGACGUAUGCCGAUAUGCUGCCAGUCUACCAAAAUACCACUAGACCAGCUGCGCUUCGCCUGCGCUGAAAGCUGACCAGGUUUAAAUCGGUGAGCUUUCAGCGCACUUUAUACGCCAGCGGUGAGCACGAAGAUGUCACUGCGGCAGCUGAUUUUGUCGACACCUCCCUCUGCCACGCGACCACACCCAGCUUGGCGGACCUCAGUGCGCCUCAGUCCACGAAAAUACCAAACUGGCUGUACGCCGGGCUCCGCCAGACAAAAAUACCACUGCGUGGGGUCCGCCACCCUCCGCUGCCUCACCAGCGGACACGAAAAUAGAGCCCCUUGUGUUUUAGUGUUUUAUUCUUGUGGUCAGUUAUCAGUGUUCCACUUUCAUUUUGUAGUUCCUCCUCCUUGUGUGUCUGGUUUAGUUUGACUCCCUGUGUUGCUGUUGUUCCCUCGUGAUUGUCUGCGCCUGUCUUUUAUUGUCUCACCUGUCUCUCAUUGCUCAUUACCCUGUGUGUUUAUAUAGUCCCAGUCUUGCCCCUGGUCUUGAACUCUAAUCCAUCACUACCUGUGUUGACAUUUCCCACCCAUGACAAUCUUAUCACCAGUGUAUUGCACAAUUCAGUCAAGCUGUGACUAAGCUUCAGCUAAGAGUCUUACAGAGCUCAGGACUCAAAAUCUGAGACAGUGCGCACAACAAGAAACCUGAUAGCUUUCGUCAGCUCAUCAUCCAACAUUCAGGAAAAGUCAAUAUUGACUCUAGUAUGGGUCAGGUGGUCCAUCAAUCAUGGCUCUUUUACCUUUAGAAACCAAGCGAGUGUGUUUGUGUGUGUGAUGAAGCAUGCCUCAGUCAAUAUUUACUUCUGUCACGAUGACGUCUCCAUCUUUAGACUCCAGGUGGUACCUCAAAAGCUUCCAGGUGUUUUUGUCUUCUGUUUGUUCUAGGUCAUGUUUUAUUUUCCACCUUUCUAAUUUUAACAGCUUGAUCUCAUCAUCAAACAGACCUUGUAAAAAUAAAACCUCCUACAAUGAGCUGGUAUUUGAUACCUCUUAGACAGUGGUAUUGUUUUAUUGGGUGUAAAUGAGUAUGCUUGAAUGUUUCUGCACACUGUGGUCAAGUUACAGUGCUUUACCGUUUCUUUGAGAUGAGGAUUUUAAAAACUGCAUGUUGACUAUUUGCUCAGAAUAAUAUUGAAAAUUUAUAAUGCCUUUUUUUUACUGACAAUAUAACCUUUUACAUUUCAAAAAAUUGAGGAAUGGUCUGAUCCAACACACAUUAAUGUCCAUCUUCACUGGAUAAAAUCAGCUCCAUUUGUGAACCCAGCUUAUGUGUAUAGCCCCUAUACUGUUUUCAGUUGACUGGGUGGAGAAUGUACCAAGACAGUUUUAUGUUAUUGUUAUGUCCAAAACUCACAGUCUAACAAAAUAACUGCAUUUUCUAUAAGUGGGACUAUAACCCACCCUAUAUUUAAAUAAAGGACUGUGACUGGGUCAGUAUACUGGAUUGAACAGAGAAGAAAGAAAGCCGCUUUAGACCCACGUGACAACAAAAAUGAAUUUGAGCAUUGCAUUUACAGUCGACAGAGUUAAUGAAUUUCACUUUGGGGAUAAAUACAGUUCUUGUAGUGUAUUGUACAUUACACUGUUGAAUUUUCUGCAGCUUGAGAUCAAUGCAAUGAUUUGGUGGGCUCAUCCCCACUCUGAUAGUUUUCUUGUCUGGUUUCAGUCCAAAGCUGACCUUCACAGAGUAACCCUCUAUAGAAGGGUGUUUGCAUAUGCGCAGGAGGUCUUGGACUGUGGAGGAAUGACUGUGAUGUGUCUAAGACAGAUUGUCCACAUACCGUGUCAGGUAUGUUUCUGCCACUUGGAUUUUUCCAUGAGUUUACAAAGACAACACUCUUUGGACAAAAAUAACAUGUCAAAGACACACAGUGAGGCAUGCAGUCAGUCAGCACGUUCAUCACUCAUAAAUCAGACCGACACUUUCUCAAGACAUGUGCACACACUAACACAAUGUCAUUCCCUCACUGCUUUAAAUUAGGGUGCAUGUUUUCCACACUCCACAGGAAGACAUGCAGGCAAACUGAGAGCACACUGUAAAUGGUGUUUUCUUUUAACAUAAUAAUGUAAAAGGAAACAGCUAAUGUUAGUUCAAUCUCAGGUUAAACACAGGAGCAGCUCAUUGAUGGGGGGGGGGGGGGGGUCUUUACAGCAUUACACUUGCUCUUGAAAAUACAAAUAUUAAUAGAAUAUAUGAAUAAGGAAUUGCAGGCAUAAAGAGAAAUGGUUUGCCAAUCAGAUUGUCCAUUAUCUAGGAUCUCGGCCUGGUGGUGUCGAAAGCACUGGAGAAGUCAUAAUCAUGACCCUCACAGUGUUCUCUGUUUUCUCAAUGACAAAUAAACAGACCAGUGCAUGUGGAUGCCUUCCUCUUUGAUGUUGGUUACAGUAAGUACUCUUGAAUGUAUAAGAUGCUUUUACUGUAGUUGUCGUAGUGCUACUGAUACAAUCUGGUCAAUAUUGGCCAAACGUGGUUCUCUAGGACCUCAUUUGAAUGCUAAUUUUGUGAUGACCCUGGCUGUUUUUUUUUUAAACAAUCAACUAUGUAACCAACUAUCUUUCAGCCUCCUCUCCAAGCAAGAUCCUGAUCCUAUGGGAGCUGUUGUGUUUUUAUAUGACAGUUACAUAUUUACAUACUUAUUUACAUAUUUACUUUUUUCAGUUGGGUGUUCACUUCUGGCAGAAACAGUGGACUACAAUUCCCUCAUUCUUCAGAGAGGAUGUUUCUCUGGGCAGGAAGUAAAGCAACAGAUGGAAGAGGUGAUCACAGGUAUGAAGACUGACAUACCUGUUGGUUUAAGACCCUUAUAGUAUAAGAACUGUCGAAGUGAAAAUGAUAAGUGCAGAUAUAUGUCAAAAAGUCUAGAACAAAUGUUACUGUCUUUGAUUAAGAAUAAGAAUAAGAAUAACUUUAUUAAUCACUGAAGAGAAAUUCAAUUGUCUGUUGUCUCACAUAAUAUGUAUCAAAAGGUUAUCUACUAUUUACACAAGAGUUAUAAAGUCUAAUGGCUGUUGGUACAAAAGAUCUUCUGAAUCUUUCUGUCCUGCAACGAAGAGAGAGGAGCCGUCCACCACCAUUGGCCAUUUGGUCCAUCAAGGUGUUGUGAAGUGGGUGAUCCAUGUUCUUGAGAAUAGUCUCCACCUUUCCCAGUGUAGAUCUCUCCACCACAUCCUCCAGAGUCCAGCUUAAGUCCUACCACAGAGCCGGCAUUUUUCACCAGUUUGUUCAGAUGUCUUGCAUCUUUGUGUUUGAUGCUUCCUCCCCAGCAGACUGCAGCAUAGAACAGAACACAACACCACAGACUGAUAAACAUCUGCAGCAUCUUACUACAGAUGUCUAUUGAUCGGAGUCUUCUCAGGCAAAAGAGGCGGCUCUGCCCCUUUCUGUAGAUGUCGUCUAUAUUCUUAGACCAGUUCAACUUAUUAUCCAGAUGUACACCUAGGUAUUUAUAUGAUGUCACCACUUCAAAAUCCACUCCACAGGUGUUCACUGGCUGGAGAGGGGAUUUGGAUCUACGGAAGUCUAUGACCAUCUCCUUUGUCUUUGAGGUGUUGAGGCGGAGGCAAUUUUUUUGACUCCAGUCACUGAUGGCUCUUAUCAGAGCUCUGUAUUCAUCUUCUUGUUCAUUUCUGAUACAUGCCACAAUAGCGGUGUCAACUGAGUAUUUCUGGAUGUGGCAGGGCUCAGUGAUGUAUUUGAAGUCUGACAUAUACAGUGUGAACAGGAAUGGCGCCAGCACUGCCCCUUGUGGAGCACCUGUACUGAUCAUUAAUGUCCCAGAAACACAGUUUCCCAGCCUGACAAACUGUGGCCUUCCUGUCAGGUAAUCUGUGAUCCAGGAAACACAGGAAGGAUCCACUCCCAUCUCUGUGAGCUUGUCUUUGAGUAUGGUGGGUUGGAUGGUGUUGAAUGCACUUGAAAAGUCGCAGAACAUGAUCCUCGCAUAAACCCCAGGUUCCUCCAGAUGAGACAGAGCACGGUGAAGCAUGUAGAGGACAGCAUCAUCCACUCCAAUGUGUUCUUUGUAUGCAAACUACAGGGAGUCCAGUUUGUCUUUGACCUCAGACCUCAGAAGGUGUAGAAUCAGCCGCUCCAGGGUUUUCAUGAUGUGUGAAGUGAGGGCCACUGGUCUGUAGUCAUUGAGUUCAGCGGGACAUUUUUUUUUUUUUGAUACUGGCACAACGCAGGAUGUUUUCCACAGAGUAGGUACCCGCCCCAGCUGUAGACUCAGGUUGAAGAACUUGUGGAGAGGUUGACACAGUUCUGCAGCACAGUCUCUAAGCAGCCUUGGACACACACCAUCUGGACCAGCUUCCUUCCCAGGACAAAGUCUUCCAAGCUCCAUCCUCACCUGUGUUUCGGUGACAGACAAGGACUGGUGUUCUAGGAGGGAGGCAGUUGAAGUGGUUGAGACAUUUGAACAAGAUGGAGGAGGAAGGGGAGAAGUUGUAGUGGAGAUUUGUUGUGGAGAGGAAGGUGGAGUAGCAGUGGAAGUGGGUGUAACAGCAGUGUCAAAUCUGUUGAAGAACAGGUUGAGUUCAUCAGCUCUUUCCAGAUCACCCACCACUGGCUGUCUUUUCUUUUUACUGCUGUGUCCAGAGAUGGUACUGAUUCCUCUCCACACUUCACGGAUGUUGCUGUGUUGUAGAUUCUUCUCUAUCUUCUUUUUGUACUCCAGCUUUGCCAUCUUCAGUCUCCUCUUCAACUCUUGUUGCACUUGUUUGAGUCGUUCUUUGUCACCAUCUUUAAAAGCUUUCCUUUUCUGGGUAAGGAUUGCUUUUAUGUCACUUGUGAUCCAGGGUUUGUUGUUGGGGAAACAGCGAACAGUCUUUGUGGGUAUAACUAGUGCUGGGCGAUAUGGAAAAAAAUGUAUAUCACGAUAUGGAUCAUUUUAUAUCACGAUAACGAUAUACCACGAUAUAGCUAUGGUAUGCUUUCAGUUCUAUGAAAAAUUAAAGUGUAUACAGCUGCCCUAGUACAGUGCCAGUACAAGACCAGCACUUAAAACUAGAAAAAUGAAAAAAAAAAAUACGUGGCUGUUGUGCGUUCAUGUCUGUGCUCACCCAAAGUUAUGCAACACUCACAGAAAAGGCCGAUAGUGUGAGCCAAAGCACUCCAUAAUAAUAAUAAUAAUAAAUUUAAUUUGUAAUGCACUUUACAUUUACAAAAAAUCUCAAAGUGCUACAGUACACAGUAAAAAAAGAGCAGCAACAAUAAAAAAAGCAAUAGAAUGACAGUCACAGAUUGGCAUAAAAAAAGCAUAAAAGAAUAAAAAAAAUAAAGAAUAUAGAGUUGCAAUGUAAGAGGAAAGGUAGUAAAAGCAUAGAGGAAAGCUAACCAAAGGUUUUAUUAAAAAGGUAGGUCUUUAGGGCUCUUUUGAAGAGGUUGUUCACACUGCUGGAUGUUUCUCCUCCAAAGCUGCUCUCUGCCUCCGUUGCUGUUUACUUUACUCUUGAAGCACGUAGCAAGACCCGAGCAUGAAUCCGAGCGCUUUAUUCACCUAUCAGGGGCAGACAGGUAAGGUGAUUUGAUUCGCCACGACUCCAGAAAUGAUUGAAAAACUACAGAAUGUCACAAAAUUACGUCUCCUCGCUCCUGGCUUGAAGGGUAGAAAUGCGCAGCCGCGCUCCCAGCUGACAGGAAGUCAAACCACUGUUGUAGUUCUUUUGUGUUGUUAGCGCGGUCAAGAGUGUUGGCUCUCACUGAGAGAUGACUACAAAAAUGGACGCACCUGUUCAUCUGGUUGUUUAACACAGCUGAAAAUGAUAAUCUAUUAAUGUUGUUCCCGCUCCUGCCAACUCCCAUUGCUUUUUUUCCCGUCCCGUCCCGAUCAAGGGAUUAAUUAAAAAAUGACUCCCAUCCCGUGGAAGUCCCGCGGGAAUCACGUGACCCACGGGAAUUCCUGAAAAAUGUCAUCCUCUACAGGGAAGGUCCCGGAGCAGAUGAAACAGGUGCUGGAGCGGCUGAAAUAGGUCCCGGAUUCGAUCAAAAGAGGUCCCGGAGUGCGCUCCGGCUUGCUCCGGCACAAAUUAUGCACUGCUUACAAUGAUCCCCUCACGUGUGUAACCCAGGAAACCCGCAACGGCGGGAGACGCUGGACGCGAAGAGGGCACGUAAAGCGGCGUCAUGUCGCAAAAUCGAAAGAGAAAUGCGAGCCUACAUGUCAACGCAUCCUUUUCUUUGUAAGAAAAUAUUGUUUUCUUUCCCGUUUGACACCAAAUACACUUACUGAAUGUGCAAUUAUUGUUGUUGUUACUAUGAAUCAUCUGAUGGCACAAGCCCUAUGGAUAAAAUACAGCCUAUCGCCCGAAACGAUAAAAAUAGAAAUGGCACGAUAGACAUUUUCUAUCGUGCCCACGAUAUCUAUCUUCCUAUCGCCCAGCACUAGGUAUAACUGUGUCUCUACAGAAGUUGACAUAUUCAGUAAAGCAGUCAACCUGUUUAUCAGUAUUCAUACUAUCCAUGUCUGUUUCCAGCAGCACAUUCCAGUCUGUUGAUUUAAAACAGUCCCUUAGAGCUUCGCUAGCUUGAGGUGUCCAUCUUCUUAUUUUGACUUUGGUCACAGGCUGCCUCAGUACACAAGGUCUGUAACAGGUUUGCAGAUAGACCAAGUUAUGGUUUGACUUGCCCAGUGGUGGUAAGGCAGUGGCUCUGUAGGUUUCUUUGACAUUGGCAUACAGCAAAUCAAGGGUUUUGUUUUCUCUGGUAGGACAGUUCACAAACUCUUUGAAUCCAGUCAGGUGAGAGGAGAGGGUGACAUGGUUGAAGUCCGAUAUUAUUAUUAGUGCCUCAGGGCAUUGAGUCUGUAGCCUGGCUACACUAUUGUACAGAGCGAUAUUGAUAGAGAGACCAGACUUGCAGUAUUAUCUUGGUUCAAGUGCAUCAUUUGAAUAUAAUUAUAUUGUCAUCUUGCUGCCGAGGUAGUGUGACUCCCGGAUUUAAAGAAAAAAAACUCUGACAGUGCUGACAGUGACAUGAAUCAUAUAUUGUAAAUAUCUUAUGGGGAAUAAGGAUGUUGCUUCAGCUGACAUAUACUCUCAUGCUCAUAUUCAGGCAUUAAUACUAACAAUAUAUAGUUAGACAAUCUUCAAGCUCAUGGUUUUAUUUGCUUUUGUAAAUCAUAAAAAGGCUUCUGUAUGAAUUUGAGUCUAUUUCAUAAACUUCAAAAAACUCUUAAUCAAGCACUGAGCUUUUAUUUGCUCUUUCUAAGAGUGAAAUCUUCAUAGUAGUCAUCCUCUUUGUCUUUUAAUUAACUUUAUUCAAAUGUGAGCCUGUGUGCCACCAAUUGUUUCCAAAGGUUAAUUAUAAAUGAAUUAGGAUUAAAGUUAUCAUUACUUCCAAAUGUGGUCUGUGACAGACAUUAAUUACAACCUACUGACUGUAAUAAGUAGUUGUGGAGGUCAAAAGGUCAGUUGUAAGCAAAAACAGAGAUUAUGAUGUCAUUUGACAUAUAAUUAUAUACUCAUAUACUGCUUAACGUCGAGGGGAAGAUAUUUUUCAGUAUUCUUUCCCACCGGCUGUCAGACUACCUCCUGAAGAACCAGUACAUCGACCCCUCGGUGCAAAAAGGGGGAAUCCCAGGGGUUCCGGGUUGCCUUGAACACAGUGGCGUGGUGACACAAUUGAUCAGGGAUGCUCGAGAGGGGAAAGGAGACCUAGCUGUACUAUGGCUAGACCUGGCCAAUGCGUACGGCUCUAUACCUCACAAGCUAGUGGAGGUGGCAUUGGAGAGGCACCAUGUCCCUGGCAACAUCAAAGUCCUCAUCAUGGACUAUUACAACAGCUUCAACUUGAGGUUCACCUCCGGCACAGUUACAUCUGGACGGCAUCGACUGGAGAAAGGGAUCAUCACUGGAUGUACCAUUUCAGUGAUACUCUUUGCCCUGGCCAUGAACAUGCUGGUCAAGUCUGCCGAGUCGGAGUGCAGAGGCCCCAAAUCCAAGUCCGGAAUCCGUCAGCCCCCCAUCAGAGCAUUUAUGGACGACCUGACAGUAACAACAGUGUCAGUCCCAGGAUGCAGAUGGAUCCUCCAGGGCUUGGAGAGGCUGACCACCUGGGCCCGGAUGCGCUUCAAGCCUGAAAAAUCCAGGUCUCUAGUCCUGAAGAGAGGGAAGGUGACUGACCGGUUCCACUUCUCUCUAGGGGGUACCCACAUUCCAUCAGUCACAGAGAAGCCCGUGAAGAGCCUCGGAAAAACCUUUGACUGCUCCCUAAAGGAUGCCGCUUCCAUCAGGGCGACCAACGAACAGCUGGAGAGUUGGCUGACCACAGUCGACAAGUCAGGUCUUCCGGGGAAAUUCAAGGCGUGGGUAUACCAGCAUGGCAUCCUGCCUAGGAUUCUGUGGCCAUUGCUGGUGUAUGAGUUUCCCAUCUCCACUGUGGAAGGGUUUGAGAGGAGGGUCAGCAGCCGCCUGCGACAAUGGUUGGGUCUGCCUAGAAGCCUAAGCAGCAUCGCCCUUUACGGCAACAAGAACAAGCUGACUCUCCCCAUAAACAGCCUCACCGAGGAGUUCAUGGUUGCCAGAGCGAGGGAGGUUCUCCAGUACAGGGAAUCCAAGGACCCAAAGGUUUCCCAAGCAGGAAUUGAGGUGAGGACUGGCAGAAAGUGGAGAGCGAAGGAGGCUGUGGACCAGGCAGAAUCACGGCUGUGCCACAGAGACCUCGUGGGAUCGGUGGCUGCCGGCCGUGCAGGACUGGGAACCAUUCCAACAACCCGGUACAACAAGCUCAAGGGCAAGGAGAGGCGGGACCAGGUCCAGCUCGAGGUGAGGGCCGGAAUUGAAGAGCAGCGUGCAAGCCAGUGGGUGGGAUUGAGGCAACAGGGCGCAUGGACCAGAUGGGAGGAAGCCACAGACAGAAAAAUCUCGUGGAACGAGCUGUGGAGGGCUGAACCCCUCCGCAUUAAAUUCCUCAUUCAGUCUGUCUAUGAUGUCCUGCCCAGCCCAUCGAACCUCUUCUGUUGGGGCAAGGUUGAAACUCCAGCAUGUCCCUUGUGCCAAGGAAGAGGAACCCUGGAGCACAUCCUCAGCAGCUGUCCUAAAGCACUUGGUGAAGGCCGCUAUCGCUGGCGCCAUGAUCGUGUGCUGAAGGCGGUUGCUGAGUCCAUCAACACUGCCAUCUUCCAGAGCAAACGCUUACAACCAUCAAGGCGUGAAAUCUCCUUUGUAAGAGCCGGAGAUCAACCACCUCCCCGACCUAAAGCCCAGUCAGGCCUCCUGGGAACAGGGAAGGACUGGCAGCUAAGGGUGGACCUGGGAAAACAACUGAAAUUCCCUGAAAACAUUGUGGAAACCAGACUUAGGCCAGACAUCGUCCUAGUCUCAGAGACAUCCAAGCAAGUCAUCAUGUUGGAGCUAACAGUGCCGUGGGAGGAGAGAAUGGAAGAAGCAAAUGAGAGAAAGAGAGAGAAAUAUGCAGAGCUGGUGGAGGAGUGCCGCAAACGGGGGUGGCGUGCACGAUGCCUACCGAUUGAGGUGGGGGGAAGAGGCUUUGCAGGGAAAUCACUCUGCAAGGCCUACAGUCUCCUGGGCAUCACAGGGGCACGGAAGAGGAGAGCCAUCUCUACAGCCUCUGAGGCUGCAGAGAGAGCCUCGCAAUGGCUGUGGAUCCAGAGGGAUAAGCAGUGGUUGAGUGCUUCUUGGACACGGGCCGGGAACUGAUCACCCCGGUCGGGUCACCUGAGUGAGGGGGUCUGAAGUUGAAAGACCCGAAACCCCCGAUGAGCUCAGGCACUAUCACUGAGGAUGUGUCCAAGAAAAGCAUCACUAGAUGUAUGUAAGAACCAACUCAAUGGGAGUAUUUGAGCUACAGAUGAGGAGGAGAGUGAAUAGGAAGAUCAGAUGAGCUAGGAACAGAAAGCACUAAAGCUGAAGGGAAAAGAUGAGCACAGACUUGUAGUGAUGAAUACAUACAACAGUCAAGGAUAGUUAACGUGUGUGUGUGUGUGCUGUUAACAUUGAAAAUGUAUAGAAAAGUAAGAAAAAGAAGUGUAGGUAUAUAGGAGAAAGUAUUACAGGAUACAUGAUUGCAAAUGGAAUGAGGGUAAAUCUCAUCAACAGACCAAACAACAUAAAGAGGUUGUUACAGUUACAACAGCACAAAGAGUAUAUAAUCCUGACAGCAGGUGAGUUGUUUCAUUGCCUAGGCCCUAGAGGUAUGUUACCCUCAGUAAUCAUUUUAGGCUUUUGGGGUCAGUGUGGAUGAACCAAUGAUGGCUGAGGAACUCAUGCAGAGGUCAUCUUCAUCAUUUUAAGUUUCUAAUGUAACAAAUGAAAUAAACAAUGAAGCAAGAGGAAGCAAUAGUAUAUAUUCGUAUCACCACUUCAUUUCAUCGUGUCACAAGAACUCAAACCCUCUUUUUGCUUUGGUUUGUAUUUCAGUGCCGUCUAGUGGAGAGGUUGCAGAUUGCAACCAAAAUACACUCCUGUCGCCCUUCCUGUUACAAUAUUACAAUGUCAUUUAGUUGACACAAGGUAUCCAAAGUAAUGUGCACUGGAGAACAAGAGCAAUACAAGCAAAGAUCUAGACAAGAAGAAAAAAAAAUCAGUAUGAGCCACAAAGUGCUGUCAAGUCCCUGUGCAAGCUGUCGCACUGAAUGUGCUGCAUAUGGUAUGAAAAGUCCCACAGUAGAAAUCAGGAUAAUUUCUGAGCUAAAAAAAGACAGACAAGGUGUUCACUAAUACACACAGAAAUACAACACAUAAUAAAUACGUGUCUAGCAAAAACAUAUUUGGAGUCUAAGUCAAACUUGUUUCCUAGCAUGUGAUUCCUUUGGUAUGUCUUUAAAGAAGACAUACCCCUUCAUUAAUUAUUGUAUGUUUCUGUUUGUUUGUUUGUUUGUUUGUUUAUUUGUUUGUUUUCCAGAUCAAUAUACCAGAAGAUUCGUGAAUAUGAGGUCCUGGACAAGAGGAAAACAGUGACAGCUCUGAGGGCAGGAGAGGACAGAGCCAUCCUGCUGGGCCUCAGCAUGGUCCUGCUCUCUGUCAUGAUGUACUUUGUGGUGGGGAUAACGAUCUUGCGCUCUUACUCUGACAGGUGAUAACAGGCCACAUGGUCCCUUAAAUUAUGUUUGAGUAUGAGAAGGCAGAAAUAAAUCCUCUUUGUGGGAACAUGUUCUUACUGUUGGUUAUUUUAUAUCCACCUGGUGAAGAACAGUUUUUUUUUUCUCUAGAAGUGUAUUAGAUACAGGUAUAUAUUUAACUUAUUGCUCUCCCUCUUCCAGUUUAUGGACAGGUGAAGCAAGCUGCACAGUUGUGAAUUCUACCAUCGUGUGGGAUGUGAACUGUUCCUACAGCUGUGGAGCAGAGUGCUGGAAGAGUUCCCGAUACCCGUGUCUGCAGGUCUUUGUCAGCCUCAACUCCUCAGGGAAGGUGAUGAGACUGUUUCACAAUGAGGAAACCCAGGAUAGCAACCCUGAGGUACGACAUGACAACUGUUCUUUCAAUAUUUCAGGGAUCCAAGUAUUUCCACUGCUCCACUAGUCCACCAGUAAGCACAGAUAUAACUUUACAGGACAUUCUCUGAAAGAUUUCACUUUGUAAAACUGAAACAAGGUAAAAACAUUCACCUACUUUUCUCUCUUCUUUCCUUCAGUGCUUCUACAUCCCAAAGUGCACCAAAGACUAUUCAGCCACACAUGCUGUGGUUCAAAACAUUUCUGAGCGUCUCAGGUCUCAGCACACUAUUCAGUGUUUUGUGGAUCCAUCGGACAAAAUGGACAGCGCCAUCCUGACUCAGAUCUACGGUCGGGUUGCGGUCUUCCACUCCCUGUUCUGGCCGACUUGCACCCUGGUUGGAGGCACCAUCAUCAUUGCCAUGGUGAAGCUGACACAGUCCUUGUCCAUCAUGUGUGAAAGACUGAGCCGCAUUAAGAGGUGA